GCUUGUUCCGACUCGUCGUGUUCGUCUCGGCGCGGCGCUCGGUGAAGAAUCGUCGUCGCCCCCGCGGACAGGAUGGACGUGGUGUUUGUAUGCAUGCACGCGUGCGUGUGAUUGCCUGACUGUUCGUCUCUAACCCGCUCGUGUCUCUGCACAACCGCUCGGUGCAGUCUGUGUUGUGCGGCUCUCCGGUCGCACGCGGUUCGCACCCUUGCGAAUCACUUUCUCUCGCGAGCGUGUCACGAAGAGAGAAGAGACAAGGGCGCAGCUCGCUGCACACGUUUUUGUUUACUCGUUUGAUGGUCGAUGACGUUCGGACACUGUCGUCGUCGCCGUCGUCGCCGUCGUCGUCGUGAUGAUGACGAUAUGAACAACACGAAGCGCCGUAUCGGUGAUGACAGCUGUCAGAGAAGAGAUGUCAGAGUCGAGAAACCGCACGACAGGACGCGUGGAUCUCGAACGCUAACCAAGGAGCUACCAUCCUCAUGCUUGGCAGCGAUUUUCCUGGAAUCACUUUAAAGCCUUCCCUCGAGCAUGGGCUCGAGCCGGAGAUCAGGGUCCGGCGGAAACCGGGCGAACGCCGGCGUUCUUAAGGAGCGCGCCAACCUGUCGUUCAUGCUCGUCGUCAUGUUCUUCGCCGUGUUCGGUCUGAUCGUCCUCACGGAGAUAUUCCUGAUCGACGAGAGGCGCGGCGUGAGUAUUGGCAGCACCGGCGUACUCGGGCGCCACAGGAACGGUCAUCGAUUGCCAGCUGCGCCCGAUCGUCCGGAUUACGGCGAAGUGGGAGCCGAGGAUUAUGCCGGUUUGAAGGGUAGCUUUGACGAGCACGUUGGUUUAUUAGUUCACGGAGAGGAUGGGGCACAGAAGACCGUACACACGGAUCCACGUGGCUUACCGAGCUUACCGCCCAGCUUGGAGGCCCGUUUGCCGCAGCUAGAUCAGAAUUUGAAGGUCACGCAUGCCGAAUGGUUGCCAGUCACCAACACGAGGUUCAAGUUUUUCGUUUACUCGGCGUACUUUGACGACCGGGACAAAGUUAACGGCGCCGGCAUGUUGCCGGGCAAAAGUCACGGUGUAGUGCGUGUAAUCAGCGCUACCAAGACCAGAAGCCCGGAGCGCGUUUGGUGCAGAUUGUGGUACCGACAGCAAAACGGUGGGAAUGUCACUGCCUCGGUAACAGUAGCUGCCAAAGUUAAGGUGAUCCGGGAAAAUUGGAAUCUCAAGUACAGCGCCUGCUUCGUGAUCUGUCCGUUGCCCAAAGAAUCGCCGACGGCGGAGAACGUGCCGGAAGCAGUCAGUGUUGUGGCGCGACUGCGAGCUGCCCCGACAAAUCGCAUUCUCAUUCAAAAUCGUCACGAAAGCCGAGCAAAUAACAAAGAAGCUCUAGCUGUUUGCGUCAAACCACUGCAUUAUUAUUACAAUAGGGUCCUGCAACUAGUGGAAUUUAUCGAGUUGCACAGACUUCUGGGCGCAACCCACGUCACUCUGUAUAACGAUACCGUGGGCGCGGCGGCCAGUUGCGCGCUGAAAUAUUACGAGACCAAGGAUCUAGUUACGGUGCUGCCGUGGCAUCAUCUCGACAUGAUUUCCCAACGGGAAAUUCGCACGGAGGGCCUGUUUGCGGCGCUUAACGAUUGCCUCUAUCGAUCUAUGUACAAGUACGAGUACGUCGCGCUCGUAGAUCUCGAUGAGUACAUUAUACCGAGACACAACGACACCAUUAUCGAACUAUUGAGGUGGAUGGGAAAUCGGAUCAAUGUCAGAUCUACAGGCGCAUUUUCCUUUCAAAACGCUUUCUUUUAUUUGCAAUGGGCCGACGACCCGCUCAUCGCGACCAGUCACACACCCACCGAAGCCGGUCUGAUAACUUUGAGAAAAACGCGACGUAGAACCAAGUUGCACCCGCACAAGCAACGCUCCAAGUAUAUCUGCAAGCCGCAGGAUGUGGUGGAAGCGGGCAAUCACUUUGUCUGGGAGUUCAUCCCGGGUCACGGAACACUGAACGUGCCCUCCGACGCCGCCAUUCUGCAUCAUUAUCGCGUCUGCGAGUUCGGCGGCGACGACUGUAUCAAAACGCAGUCUACGGUCGACAGGACGGCCUAUAAGUACAGGGAUCGGCUUGCCGCGAACGUCGACAAGACGUGGACGGAGCUGCGCACCGAAUGUUCGUUACCUGAUCUCGACCCGGUCCCGAUACUAACGCCGCGAAUCAAAGUCAAUCCUCUCGGCAAGUCGGUCAGGUAGCGAAAGACCAUGAUAGAAAUUAUGUGGGACAUUGGCAAUUUUACCGGUACGCCGAAAGUCGCGAGGACCUAUUUCUACAAUUACGGCGGCUCUUAGUUAUCUCUCAGAGACGUGGAAGCCGCGCGCAACAGAGAACAUCUGUUUUUCUUUUUUGGUUUUUUUUUUUUUUUUGGCAAAAUUCACGUUUCGCGAGAUAUAAUUCUCACACGACGGACUGCGUUUUUAAAUUUUGCGAAACACAGAGGAGGAUACGCCUAAUAACGGGAAUUAAUAGAGACUGUCGUAUUCAAAAAAAUAAAAAAAUAAAAAAAUAACUGAAAGAAAUGACCGCAGCGUUUCCAACUGAAAAACGCGAAUUAAUAUCAUAUUUUUCUACGUGACGGAUUUCUGAAUGGCUGCUGGGAAAAGUCUCAAGAGAGACGAGUUUCGUCUCUCUUUUUUUUGAUGCUACAUAGUAGUGCUUCUCUCUUACACAAUUUUAUACAAAUUCUUGUAUCUGAUAUUGUGCAACUUUUCUUCGCACAACAAAUGUAAUCAUUUGCGACAAUUCGUACAGUUGUUAAUGAGGAGUUGUAUUACGGAAGGCCUAAGUCACGGUCUAAAAAAAAAAAAAAAAAAAAAAAACAGAAAAAAAACAGAAAAAGAAAAAAACAAGCAGCUGGCGAUAAAAUACAGUGUGAGCACACAAACGUUAGAUAUUAUCUGUACAUUUGCUCUUAUAUUUUGAGUAAAAUGUUCUCGUUUUGUUCAAAGUACUUGUAAAUCCGUACAUUGUAUCUUAUGCAUAUCCCAUAGAAAUCAAUAAUUAGCAUAGCAAAAUGUAUGUAUAAUAUGUAUUUAGGAUUACAUUAGAGAGAGAAACAUAUUCGAUCUACGAAGACAGUUUAGAACACGUAAUAUUUUCGAGGAACUAUUAUUAAAUUCAAGAUUCAAUUUGUCGGAGAGUUUAGGACGUUUGAUUCAUCAAAACAUGAAUUUUGUUCCAACCAAAAAAAAAAUUUAUAUGAAAAAGUUUAUGAAGAAGUUAGUUUGUUUUUUUUUUUAUACGUAUAGAUGAAGACAAUUUGUUUUGUUUAUUUGUUUCAUUUUAUAGAGGGAUAAAAGUUCGUGAAAUAUGUUGACUUGCCACACUGAAUUCUAUUAUUUUUUAUUUUCGAUUAUUGCUCUCUGGAGCGAAAAAAAAAGACGAUGAUUAUUUCAAUUAACAAAUGCUAUAAAAGAUCUCUUUCCAUUGAAUAUCAUACGCACAAGUGAGUACACAAGUCGAUGGUGAAGUUGCACACGCAAGCGAACUUAGUAAAAAAAAAAAAAA